UGAUACACUGAAACUGGAAGUGUUUCUGUUUGAAUGGUUUUUGUGUGACAGAACAGAAGACUGAAAAGAUCAACUGAAGCUAAUAUUUCUCCACACUCAUGUCGAUUAGAGGUUUUCUCUGUGAAGUGUUAAAAUGCAUCAUGAGGUCACCACUGCUUCUAAAUGGAGUCUGUCUGUGGAGAGAGGGGAUAGGACCACUGCCACUAACAUUACACUAACUGGGGAGAAAGAGCUAAACACUGAUGCUGUGGGGGUUCAUCAGAAGAGACCAGACUCCCCUGUACCCAGCUGUCUGUCUAUGAAGAGUGACUGGUCUAUGGAUCAUCCUAACAGCUUCAGGAAGGGAGACAUUUCUACUGAACUACAUUUCUCAUCAGAUUCAUGCUCACCUGUAACUGGACGAAGCAAUGUCAUUAAUCCUUCAACUGCAGCACCAGGAUGUUACUCAUUUCAUGUCACACCAACAAGAAAAAGUCAAGGUCUUCUGAGGCUCCAACAAGAAAUGAAGACUAAACUGAAAAAAAAGUAUCAAAUGCUGUAUGAAGGAAAUGGACAGCAUGAAAACCAAACUAUCUUAAAGGACAUCUACACAGAGCUCUACAUCACAGAGGGUGGAAGUAGAGGAGUUAAUAAAGAACAUGAGGUCAGACAGAUUGAGAUGGCAUCCAAGAGACAAACCACACCAGAGACACCAAUCAAAUGCAACAACAUCUUCAAGCCAAUGAAACAACAUCCGAAUAAAGGUUUCAGGAGAAUCUUGACUAAAGGAAUCGCUGGCAUUGGAAAAACAGUCUCUGUGCAGAAGGUCAUCCUUGACUGGGCAGAAGGAAAAGCAAAUCAGGAUGUUCAUUUAAUUUUCCCUCUUCCUUUCCGUGAUCUAAACCUGAAAAAGGAUCAAUAUAGUCUGAUGCAACUUCUUUCCAACUACUUUCGAGAACUGAAACAGAUUGAUAGUAUUGAAGAUGGUUUAACCAAAACCGUUUUUAUUUUUGAUGGUCUGGAUGAGUGUCAACUUCCUCUAGACUUUAAAAACAAUAAGAAGUGCUGUGAUGUCACAGAACCCACCUCAGUGGACGUGUUGCUGACAAACCUUAUCGAGGGGAAUCUGCUUCCCUCUGCUCUCCUCUGGAUAACCACACGACCUGCAGCAGCCAAUCGGAUCCCUCCUGAGUGUGUUGACCAAGUCACAGAGAUACGAGGGUUCAAUGAGCCACAGAAAGAGGAGUACUUCAGAAAGAAAAUUUCUGACCAGAAUCUUGCAAAAAAAAUAAUCAACCACAUAAAAACAUCCAGAAGCCUCCACAUCAUGUGUCACAUACCAGUCUUCUGUUGGAUAUCAGCCACUGUCCUUGAGUCGAUGCUGAAAGAAGCAGAGAAAGAUGAAAUCCCCAAAACUCUGACUCAGAUGUAUGAACACUUCCUGCUCAUCCAAACCAGCAUGAAAAACAAAAAGUACUACAAAUCCACAGAAACAAAUCCAAAAGAACUGUCUCAGUCAGACAAAGACAUGAUCCUGAAGUUGUCAAAGCUGGCUUUCCAACAGCUUCAGAAGGGCAACCUGAUCUUCUAUGAGGAGGACCUGAGAGAGUGUGACAUUGAUGUCUCAGAGGCAUCAGAGUACUCAGCACUGUGUACAGAGAUCUUUAAAGAAGAAUCUGGGCUUUACCAAGAGAAGGUCUUUAGCUUUGUUCAUCUGAGUAUUCAGGAGUUUCUAGCAGCAUUACAUGUUCUAGAAUCUUGUCUGGGGAAGGAGGAAUAUGUCUUCCCCCCAAAAGUAAUCACACUGUCCCCAUUCCAACAUGAUGAUGAUGAUUAUGAUGGUGAUGAUGACCAAUACCCCUUUUAUGAUGAUAAUAAUGAUGCUUCAGACAUUUAUGAUGAAGAUUAUUAUGAUGUUGAAGUGAGAAAGUCAGACAAGUUAUCUGACUUGUACAGCAGAGCAGUAGAACAAGCCUUGGAGAGUGAGAAUGGACACCUGGACCUGUUCCUCCGAUUCCUUCUGGGUCUCUCACUGGAAUCCAAUCAGAAUCUCUUACGAGGCCUUCUGACACAGACAGGAAGUACAACACUGAGAAAUGAGGAAACGGUUAAGCGAACAGUAGAGUACCUUUCAGAGAUGAUCAAAAAGGUAUCCUCACCAGAAAGGACCAUCAACUUGUUCCACUGUUUAAAUGAACUUGGUGCCAACUCUCUAGUUGAAGACAUACAGACCUCCCUGCGAUCAGGGACUCUUUCAGAAACAGAACUACAACCUCACCAAUGUUCAGCCCUGGCCUACCUGUUACUGAUGUCAGAGGAGGUACUGGAGGAGUUUGACAUGAAGACAUACAAUACAUCAAAGGAAGGUUAUCAGAGGUUGCUGCCAGUUGUGAAAACCUGUAAGAGAGCAAUACUGUCAGGUUGUGGAAUCACUGAGGAAGGCUGUGUUUCUCUGGUCUCAGUUCUGAAGUCAAAUCCCUCACACCUGAAAGAGCUGGAUCUCAGUAACAAUGACCUGAAGGAUUUAGGAGUUGAGCAGCUCUCUGCUUUGAUGAAGGACCCACAAUGUAGACUGGAGAUUCUGAGGUUGUCAGGCUGUCUGGUCACAAAGGAAGGCUGUGCUUCUCUGAAUUCAGCUCUGAAGGCAAACCCCUCACAUCUGAAAGAGCUGGAUCUGAGCUACAAUCACCCAGGAGACUCAGGAGUCAGACUACUCUCUGCUGGACUUGAGGAUCAUCAUUGGAGACUGGAGAAACUCAAUAUGGAUCAUGGUGGAGAGUGGAGGUUGAAAUCAGGACUGAAAAAAUAUGUCUGUGAUCUCACACUGGACCCAAACACAGUAUACAGAAACCUCUUUCUGUCUGAGGAGAACAGAACGGUGACAAGGAGGAGAGAGAAGCAGCCGUAUCCUGAUCACCCAGACAGACAUGAUUACUGGCCACUGGUGUUGUGUAGAGAGGGUCUGUCUGGACGCUGUUACUGGGAGGUAGAGUGGAGUGGGAAAUGGGCUCUGAUAGGAGUGACAUAUAAAGGAAUCAUCAGGGGAGGACAGGAUGUUCACUGUUGGCUUGGAGCCAAUGACAUGUCCUGGAGUCUGAACUGUCAUGAUGACCAAUACUCUGUCAGUCACAAUAAUAAGAUAACUGUCAUACCUGUCACCUCCUCAGUCCCCCACAGAGUAGGAAUGUAUCUGGACUGGCCAGCCGGCACUCUGUCCUUCUACUGGGUCUCCUCUGACAUACUGACCCACCUGUACACAUUCAACACCACAUUCACUGAGCCCCUCUAUCCAGGGUUUUAUCCUGUUUAUUGUGACUCCUCAGUGUCUCUGUGUCAGAUGGUCCCUGUGUCAAACACAACAUGAUGUUUCACUCUGAUCAUGGUCAAAAUUUGGGUUCAAUCCAAUACCAAGUAAUACUGGGCCAGAAUCACCAAUAUCAAUACUCAAGUAGGGGGGAGCGGUGUGUCAUGAUUAAUAAGGUGAAUGCUUCAAAAGGCUAAAUCUGAAUAAAUGUUUAUGAUGACAAAAUAAUUUGCAAUCAUUGUCAGGUGAGUGGUAAAGUUGUUUUUGCUUUCCACUGUUAAUUACUUAAUCACAUGCAUGUUAAAACACAUAAGGCAAAUAAAAAAUAAAAUAAUAAUUCAGUUCCAUUAAAAUAAGUAGUUUGUAUAAGUCUAUAUUGGCUGAAUGUCUGAAUAUAGUCUAUAUUUAAUCAGUCUGCUAAAGUAAGCUAAUGAUGACCAAUUGCAGUUAGUAUUAAAUGUGUUACGUGAAAGUAACAUUAACCAAUGCUGGACAUCUGAUUUGACUAAAAUAUCAAUUUCAUUACUAUAUAUACCUGGAUAUUCCUUGCCUGUCUGAAAGGAUUGCCAGUGAACUCUGUCCCUGUGUCUGGGAUCUGUCUGAGGCUUUUCCCACCUCCCUUCUUUUCUGUGGCAACUCAGUUCUCUUUCUCGUGGGUUUUCAUACGUUUAAACAACCUUCCUACAUACAUCGUAGUUUGUGAAGAUUUCAUGUACAGCCAUAAAAAAUCAACACACGGUGCUCCUCUUUCGUUAAGCCAUGGCAUACAUGCAUGCAAUGAAUGCAGGCCUGUAUCUCUGUGGUUUGUGCCGAUAGUCAGGGUGUGCGCGCAGGGCGCUGUGCGUGCGCAACGCAUAUGUUCGCACAGUCGCAAGCAUCAGUAGAGCUGCAGAAGCACUUUUCAUGACUAUUGAGCUUUGUUUGCACAGUGACAGUUCUACUCCUUGAUGAAAUGGUUACAACCUAGAAGAAAGAAAAUGAAACUGGUAUCGAUCCAAUUGACACUAGAAUAAAUUUUCGAGAACGAGAUGUGGUAUCUGUAGUAUCAAUAUUUUGGGAUCUGCCCACCCCUAUUCCAAAUGUAAUCACACUUCAAAUCAGUGAUUUUAUUUUGUAGAAGCAUUUGAAGCGUUUUUCACAAAUUCGGAAUUGCCAAGAAAUAAUUACGGAAUAAUUAAUGGGUCUCCGUUGCAAAGAGGUUCCUUGGGAGGAUUUUGAUCAUUGUACCCCUUUUCAAGAUUUCAACACAAACGGGGUGAGUGUUAUGAGCUUCCACAUGUGAAAGACUCAACAGCUCGAUAACACUUUCCGAUAAGGGUACAUGAACUACCAUUAACAAAUACGUGAGAGAGACGUGGUCGCGUUGCGUUGGGACUGAAUUCGAUCCAAACCAACACCCAUCAAGCAACGCGCCAGUGGCCCACCGGCAGUCCACUAGCGUUUUGCCGCUGCGACCGCCGAGCGUUUCUACAAAAGCUUUUUUUUUUUGUGUCGCGUUGCAGUCGGGCCCCCGGUGGGCCACAUUCAUGACAAUGCCUUCUAACAAUACCCUGAUCAGCAGCUCACCAGCGGCCCGACGGCGGCUAGCCGCUUUUA